CAAACUCCUACAUCACGAGCGACUUCAGCUCGGAUCCAGCAUAGAAUCAUGGCCUCGGAAAUAUCCUUUGAGCCAGGCCAGCCGCUGCGGCGCGCGAUCGCGCCGUACUCGUCGCUGCCAGAGCUCUCAGCACCGUUCCUCAUCGACAGUGGACAACGGUCGUACAAGCACCAAUACGCCAACAUCUACUUUGUGCGGCUAAUCGAGCUGCGCCCAGUAGUGGAGGAGAGGGCAGCUCAACGCUGGAAGAACGUUCGAGGCCGACCACCCCUCCUCCCCCGUGUCCUCAACCUGCAACGCGGGCAGCUGUGCUACAUCGUCGGCACGAUCUACAUGGACAUGAAGCUCAAGCCGUCUGUCCUCGAGGACAUGUCUGGCCCCGCCGGCAUCGCGCCCCCACCAGAACGGCCAAAGUUCUUCUCGUCACAGGACAGCGUGCACCUCGAGGACGAGUCUGGGCGCGUGCGCCUCGUCGGUGACGUGAUUCGCAAGGAGCGGAUGCGGGCCGACGGCGGUAUCGUGACGGGUUGCAUCAUGGCCGCGCUGGGCCUCGAGACCGGCAACGGUGACUUUGAGGUCGUCGACCUGUGCUUCGCUGGCCUGCCGGACCUGUAUCGCCCAGAGACCAACGGCGAUGUCAAGGGCAAGGCCAAGGCUUCUGACGCGAUGGACGUGGAUGAGGAUUCACAUGGCACGAAUGGCACGGCAAAGGAGAAGACCUGGGUCGCGUGUGUCUCUGGACUGUCGAUUGGCGCCGAGAGCACAGUUCCAGACUUGAAAGCGCAGCUGUUGGUGGAAUGGCUGAUGGGCGAGGAUGGUGGUCCCCAGGACCAGUUAGAAGGAGCAAGAGUUGCGCGGGUCGUCUUUGCUGGCAACUCGCUCGCCGCACCAGUCAAGGAGGACCGGAAACCAAAACCCCGGUUCAGCCACACGGCCGACCCGGCAGCGGCGGCGCAUCCGUCCAAGACGCUGUCGAUCCUAAUCUCCGACCUGUUGUCCAGCUCGCUGCCCGUCAACCUCGUACCCGGCCCAACAGACCCCGCAGGCGCACUGCUCCCACAGCAGGCUCUGCCAAAGGUCAUGUUUGGCGGCAAGAAGGCCGAGGGCCUCGAGUGCAAUACGAACCCAGGCUGGUUCCAGGCCGGCGACAGGAGUUUCUUGGUGACGGGUGGACAAAACAUCAACGACCUGUUCAAGUACCUCCCUGGCCAGUCGCGAUUGCGCAUGGCCCGCCGCACCCUCGAGUUGAGACAUGUUGCGCCGACGGCACCCGACACGUUGUGGAUCUACCCUUUCCCCGACACGGACCCGUUCAUCCUGCGGCACCGGCCCGACGUGUACGUGCUUGGCAACCAGCCCGAGUUUGAGACGGCGCUCGUGGGAGGUUCUGCAGCCCCGACAAGGAUCAUCCUGCUGCCGUCGUUCGCCGAGACGGGCACUGUGGCGCUUGUCUGCCUCGAGACGCUCGAGGUGAAGACGAUCGCGUUCGAGGUGCCCUCGUGGGCAGGAGACGUCAAAGCGGCAGCAUAG